AUGGCCUUAUCUGCUCUGCGUUCGGCCAUCUCGCUUCCAUAUCCAGUCGCCAGCCCUGGCCAUGGAUUCUGGGGCGAGCAGACGUCAACACUGAACUUUUGCGAAGAGGACUAUGCGCUAUCGUGGUAUUGUGCUGAGCUCUGUAAUACACUCACAAAUGGCCUUUUCAUGUGGCUUGGAAUUAGAGGCAUUAGAAACUGUAUGAAGGAGGACCAUCCGUCAAUAUUCUUGAUUUCUUAUAUCGGGUAUAUGGUCGUGGGCCUAGGCUCCAUCCUUUUUCAUGCGACAUUAAAGUAUCCCAUGCAAUUGGUCGAUGAAUUAUCCAUGAUUUAUACUACUUGCUUGAUGAUGCAUGCUAGUUUUUCUUACUCACGCUCACAAGUCUUUUCGGUUAUCUUAGGGGCUGGGCUACUUUCGCUUGCUGGAUCAAUCACACUCUAUUACUACCUUACCAAGGACCCCAUCUUCCAUCAGGUAGCCUACGCUGCUCUGACGGCUACCGUCGUUUUUCGGAGUAUCUGGGUGAUGGAGUCACAAGUACGACCGGUCUUGCACGCGCAAGACCCAAAACGGGCCUCGAAGCUGCUGAAUACGAUGUGGGCCAUGGUAGCUACUGGACUGGCGGUUUUCGUUGGCGGGUUCUUAAUCUGGAAUCUCGAUAAUUUUUUCUGCUCCCAAGUGCGACGAUGGAGACAUGCGGUUGGCCUCCCCUGGGCCAUUCUUCUCGAGGGCCACGCCUGGUGGCACCUCAUGACCGGGCUCGUAGCUUAUUAUUACAUCACUUGGGGCACUUGGCUACGGCAUUGCCUUGCAGGACGCGGCGACAAAUACGCCCUCGUCUGGCCGAGGCUGUUGACGUCUGUCCCAUAUCUCAAGAUGAUAGAAGAGGACCAGGAUCAGGACCAAGCGAAGAAAUCCCAAUAG